AUGAAGUCCUUCUUUGGUCUUGCUGCCUUCGCUGGUGUCGCUCUGGCCCAGAGCGCCCAAAUCGGGUUUCCUACUGUCGGACAGAAACUCCAAAAGGGCAGCAACGUGGUGGUCCAGGUUCAGCGUCCUAACUCCCUGACCGGAUCUACCGAGAUGGCCGUUGCGAUCGGCAUUUCCUCUUGCGCUUCUAGCGUCUGCAAUGAUGCUGACGAGGUCAUGGGAACUAUUCUUUACAAUGGCAAAUUCAACCCCCAGUACCACGAGCCUAGCCAGCCUCCCUACCAGAACUUCUCCGUCAAGGUCCCCGCCGAUUUUACCGCUGGUACUGCCCAAGUCAAUGUCGCUCACGCUACCCUCAUCGGGGCUGGACCUUUCCCCUUCCUCGAGGCUCUGAACCGUACCGUUGUCAUUGUCUGA